CAAGCUUCUCAACACAAACACGCUUGAUUCAUUCAGAGAAUUUGACAAGAAAGCAUUCCUGGAGAGCAGUGCAAAAUUGUGGUUGCUGACCCGUAUACAACUCUCGUAAAACCCAAAAAUGCUUCUGCUCUUGUUGAAACUCUACAGAGAAACGCGUUCAUGGAAAAAGUGCAUAUCUGCCAGUCAGCAGGCUGGGCACUGCCAGGAUUUUGGCCGCUUACGUUUACGCCUUCGUUCAUCAACUCGACAGCAUCCAAGACCUUCAAACAAAUAUCUUGUGUCAAUGGAUAUAAACACUUCUUGGAAAGCAUCAAGGAUAAGCCUUUUAACUACAAUGCUAACACCAUGAUCAUUGAUGAGUCUGAUGGAAAAUCGUAUGGACUGAUGCCCCCAUGGACCACACCAAACUCUAAAACCACCGGACUAACUUUUACUCUAAACAACAACAUGGUAGAAAUAACAAGCAGUUUCCGGCUAUGGGAGGACAUCAGAAGUGGGAGAGCCAUUGAGGAUCCAGGCCUGCUUUCGAGGUUUAUACUGCUGACAUUUGCUGACUUGAAGAAGUACCAUUACUUUUAUUGGUUUGCAUUCCCAGCAUUGACCAUUCCAGAUGCUGUCAAAGUUACAGCACAGUCGGUUUCAUUGGAGGAGAGAUUCAACCAGAAAAAGAUUGAAGAUAUAAAGAAUAUGCACGACCAGAUGAGAGUUGAUUCUGAUGCUUCAUAUUUUCUGCUCACAGAGGAUCGUGAGAAUGUGAAAAUUGCACCACUGAAGGAAUACAAGUCACUUGCUGCAAGUGGAAAAAAGCCUGUCUUAUGUUUCUGUGAUCCAUGCACCCUGGAGAAACACCCAGGAUGGCCCCUCAGGAAUCUGCUUACACUGGCAGCAUAUAACUGGUCUUCUGCUGAUAAUGAAUUCGAAGUAAUUUGUUAUCGUGACAGAAUGAAAGAUGGUCUGCGGUCAACUGUUCACAGUAUUGUCUUUAAAGUCAAGCUUAUGCCACUUGGGGAUUUGAAAGACUGUCCAAAAUGUGUUGGCUGGGAGAAGAAUGAAAAUCAGAGUCUUGGCCCAAGGAAAGUCAACCUGAGUGCAACUAUGGAUCCAUCGAGGUUAGCUGAGUCAUCCGUAGACUUGAACCUCAAGUUGAUGCGCUGGCGUCUGAUGCCAGAACUUGACCUUGAAAAUAUCUCAAGUACAAAAUGUCUUCUGCUAGGAUCUGGAACAUUGGGAUGCAAUGUAGCAAGAAACCUGAUGGGUUGGGGUGUGCGAACCAUAACUCUUGUUGACAAUGGUAGGAUCUCAUAUUCAAACCCUGUCCGCCAGUCAUUGUUUACCUUUGAUGAUUGCCUCCAUGGCGGCAAACCUAAAGCACAGGCGGCUGCAGAAUCGCUCAAAAAGAUAUUUCCAGGACUAAAUGCUACUGGAAUCACCCUGUCUAUCCCCAUGCCUGGACACAUAGUAUCUGAGAGUUUGUUGAACCAGGUCAAGAAGGAUGUGGCCCGUUUGGAAGAGUUGGUCGACAACCAUGAUGUCCUCUUCCUCCUGAUGGAUACACGAGAAUCACGGUGGCUGCCUACUUUACUUGGUAUGGUCAAGCGAAAACUUGUCAUAAAUGCAGCAUUAGGAUUUGAUACGUUCCUGGUUGUGCGUCAUGGUCUGAGGCAUGAAGAUGGUACUAUGGAUACGCUCGAGGAUGGCGCAACAAUGAGGACACCAAUACAUGGGAGUCAGCUCGGUUGCUACUUUUGUAAUGAUGUGGUUGCUCCUGGUGACUCGACUCAUGACCGCACCCUAGACCAGCAGUGUACCGUCUCCAGGCCUGGCAUGUCCAUGUUGGCCAGUGCCCUGGCUGUUGAACUGUUGAUGUCUGUUCUUCAGCAUCCUGAGGGUGGUUAUGCUGCAGCCGACACCAGUGCAAAAGAUGAACAUUUUAUCAAAGAGCCAGCGAGUUCAUUGGGCCUUGUUCCUCAUCAGAUUCGAGGCUUCCUGUCCAGGUUUGAUCACGUUCUUCCGUGUACAAGAGCUUAUGACAGAUGUACAGCUUGUUCACAAGUGGUUUGUCAGGAAUACUUGCAGCAUGGAUUUGAAUUCUUGUUGAAGGCGUUCAACUCACCAAGCUACCUUGAGGACCUCACAGGAUUGACAAAGUUGCAUCUGGACACUCAGGAUAUUGAGAUCUGGGAUCUUAGUGAUGACGAGAGUAUUUCAGACUGAGUACAGCUUAAUUCCGGAGCAAACAGCUUACUAGCCAAUCAAAGUUUAUGGAACUGUAUCUGCGAUCAAGGAUAUAAUGCUACCAUCUAUUGACAUGUAUUGGACAUUGAAAAUUCAUCAAUAAUAACUCCUUGUUGAGGGCAACGUGGCUUUUUUGGAUCGCCGUGGAACGGUCUAUACGAUACUGAAGUGUCUGGCAUCCAGCACGGUCAUCGUUGUCAGUAUAGUGUUUCCAGAACAGUGGCAUGUUUCUUAACAGCAAGGUCUAUCAGCAUGAACCCCAUCUGACACUAAAUUUUAGACCGAUCUGAUUUUCAGCUUGACCAUCUUCCGGGUACCAAAAGCUUUUCGCUUUUAAUUGACUCAUUUUCAUUUAUGUCAUACUGGUUUUUGAUUUGAUCUAUGGUCAGAGAUGUCAAAUGAUGUAAAUUGGACAUUUGAGUGCAACCAUGGCACUUUUCUUUUAACCACUAAUGUUAUGAGCUUGAAACUUGGUACACAUGACCCUCUAGGUUAGAUAACCUCAGACCUCGAGUUUCGGUCCAAUGUGAUUCUCAACUUUGCCACCAGGGGGCCAACAUUUAAAAGGUAAAAAGUGCUAUAUUUUGCUCAUUGGUGCCUUGUUUUCGAUAAUAAUUUUAUCAGGUUGAAGUUAGUGUUGAUUUUGUGUGAACAAGGGAGUGCGAACUGAAAACACAGAAAAUAUGGAUGUAUCUUAAGACUGCUGGUACUGCAUGGUGUACAUCAUGAUUAUGGAUAGGUGCAUUAACAAAUUUAAGUGUACACAUCACAACAAUGUUCUGUUUUUGAAACAAUAAUCUAAAAUAUGAAAAUAUGAAAUGCGUUUUUUUCUUUGUUUGACAAGCUGUGUCAGUUCGAGUCUAGUCAACACACAACAUAUAAUUAUAUUGUUUAUUUGUUCAAUCGGCAGCAUGUAAUGAAUGAUAUUGAUAGACAAAUGGUAUUAAAGGGAGACUAUAGGCAGGAGCCAGUUUACUGUUUAAUCGAACAAAACCCAGUAACUGAGAAUAUGAGUAACAUGUCUACCAAUUUGACCCCCUAACUCCUACCAAAUGAAUACUAUUGUAAGGGAUAGGCCCCGUACACUGGCCCUCCAGCUGCUGGUUGCCUACAGUCUGCAGUUAUGAGUAUGACAUAGAGAGAAAAAAGUGGUUUUACUUUGUCCCUCCCGAACUUCCUUCUCCAGAGACUGAACAGUGGUCUUUAUGCAACAAAAGGUUACCUUGUCCUUCCCAUACUAUCCCCUUAGGAGACUGAACAACUGCUUUACUGUCUGUGUCUAUAUUAUGAGGUAUAGGUUGUGACAAGUUGCUUCUAAACCUAGUUCAUCUAGUACAGGACCACCUAUGGCAUGUCUUGACCUAUCACCAUAUUACUGUAGAAAAAGCUGCUGGUUGUUGGGUUUUUUCACUGAGAAAGCAUAUGGUCAAAGUGUCUCAUGAAUUUAUGGUUAACUUAAAAUUUAGCCUCUCCUGUCGUUUGAAUUGAAGCAAUCGACUGGAAGAACCCCCAACCCCUCCUAUGUUCUGCUUUUUAGAAUAGAAUUCCAUGCGCUAACAUUGCAAGUUGGCUCUGAAUACCUGAUUGAGCCAAUUAUUGUCUCAUGUCUCCAACAAACCGGUGAGACAAAUGGAAAAUGUGGAUGGUCGCCUUCACAACCAGAGAACAGUCUACAUAUGGGAGCAUCCAUUAAGUACGUACGCGCUGAGGGGGGAGGGGGGUCUAUGAAAUCCGUACACUAUGCGUACAGGGUUAAUGGUCUUGCGUACGUACGCAACACAA